CAAAGAAUAAUAAAAGUAACACAAAAUUCGAUGUCCGUUCACUCACCCAUGCUGAAUGCGAAAGAGUUGCCAACCCAAUAUUAAGAUGAUAUGAAUACUGAUUAGCAACUAUGAUUGUUUCAUAAGAAUGCUCAUUCAAGCGAGUUUCUUAUCUUGCAUUUUUAAUAUUCGCGCCAAUUUCAACAGCUAACAUUUGUAUAAACAUCAGAAAUUGAAAAUAUCAGCCCCUUCACUUCAAGUACAAAAAUGCAUUCCAGCAUGAUCCCAACUAAGUCAACAAUUUCUGCAGACAAUAAUCCUCCUUGGUAUUUAGAGGAUGACGAUAGCAUGGACGACGAUUGGUUUUACUCAUCCAUCAAACGAUAUCAGCAGAUAUCCAUGUUUCAUCUAUCUUGCGAUAUCCAAUCGUUGGAUGUCUUGGCUCGAACUAACCUGCUUGUCUUGGCUGGAAAAUUUGAUUUGGAGCAAAUUGAACUUGCUGUGUACGAAAUCCCAGAGAAACUGACGGCAUUAUGUCCUUUGAAAGAAGGUUUACUUCAUCAAAGAGAUUUUAGUUUCGUGGCUGGAUCCAGAACUUUAUCGCAAGAUCCCGUCAUUCAGGUCAAGUUUGUGGAUGUACCGGGAUUGUUGAAAGUGAUUUUGUUGCAGAAAUUCAAGAUCUCGUCAUGGGAAAGAAAAACAGAGACUGAUUUACUGGUGAUAUCUCAAGAACUUGACUUAGACCGAACACCACAUUUCAUGGAUGUGUCGAAUAAAAUCAUUGUGAUAAGUGAAAAUUCAACAAUGACUGUAUUGAACAUCUGCCAACUCCAAGUGCUUCACAAGAUCACGCUCACCAACAGUGUGAAUGGGUGUUCCUUGAGCUCUUCCAACUUGACAAUCUGUCUUUCAAAUGGAACCGUGGUUGACUUUAACCCAGAUACUAUGAAAAAAGUGAGGUCCACAUCCGUGUCAACUUCAUUUCCAAAAAUGAAGUGUUCUUCCAUGAAGAAGAGCGGUCCAUAUCAGUUAGCUUUCAUCUCUGAAGAAGACAAUUUAUUCUUUUUCAAAGAACAUGAUCCAGUCCCAGAAGCUCCAUUUCACCCUCAUCCAACUGGUUUGUCGAAUAUUUCCGCCAUCAAGUGGAAUAGUGAUGGGACAUUGAUUGUUUCCAGCUUGUCUCAAGUGAUUAUUUUUGAGGUGGAAGUAUCCAAAUUGACCCAGAUCUUCGUUCAUGACGCUCAUAAGAGUUUCAUAAUGGAUUGCAUCCCUCAUCCCACUGUACCCAAAUUAUUGUUUUCUAGCGACUCCAGAAAGCGGCUUCAUGCUUGGUUGUACAAUAAUGAAAAUAAAUGACAACUGAGGAGCCUA